AUGAACUCAUCGCUACCAACGUGCGCUGCCACUUCGACUCUUGACGUCAGUAAUCCAGAGAACACUGAACUCUCGGAGGGAACCUGCCAACAGUUCUUGCCGGAAGAAUGUAGCGUGUCAUUUCUACGUGGUCCUAGUCUGUGUCCAGUACCGAAUCCAGCUGUCGAUGCCAAUCCCUACAUGCAAUAUCAGUUCGCUGCUGGAGCUCAAAUGGCAUACUUCAAUUCCUUCAUGAAAGCAACACAGGGCAACAAAGAAUGCAGUGUAGCGCUUCGUUCCCAGCAACAACGGCGGAAGCCUCGUGUUCUGUUUACUCAACGACAAGUAAAUGAGUUGGAAGAGCGGUUCAAACGGCAGCGCUAUGUGACUGCCAGUGAAAGGGAAGAACUUGCUAAUCGUCUUGGUUUGAGCGCAACACAGGUGAGAUUCUUUUUCUCAAUCAUGCUGGAACCAGUACGAACUAGGAGCAAAAAGAAGACACUUCGACCUAAA